AGUAGGUUAGGUUAGGUUAAGUAAGUAGUGUAAAAAACAUCAUAUUCACAAACACAUAAAAGACAAACUAACCACAAAAAGACAAAAUACUAAAAAAAAAAUAACUUAUUAUAAACAUUAUUUACCGCAGUUUGCGGUAUUCCGACACAAAAACACACACAACACACUAUCUAUCCUUGGCAAUGCAACUAAGCAAACCAUGCACAGCACAGCCCGGACACACGGAGAACAGAAGAUUUAACAUUGGGUUUCGUCCAGUGGUAAUAUCAUCGGAUCGAUUCAACGGCCUCUUGUCCCGUUCACGCCAGGAUGAAAAACUGGAACGGCAGUUAGCUCAAGAGGAAGAGCAACGUUAUAAUCAAUCGCUGAAGGAUGGCGGCGAUGCAUUGUGCAAGCACUUUACAAACAUGCCCGAUUUGAAUGUAGAUUCCAAGAGUAAGAUGAAUAUGGCCAUAGAUAAAUCAUUGGGUGAAGCGACCAAAGCCCAAAUGACCGCUAAACUGUUGGAAGCGAGUCGAAAGGAGCGCAUCAUGCGUGCCUCUCGAAUCCUGAAUCUAAUGAAGCCAGGACCACGUGCGCUGCACCAAGCUCUGCUCACCACCGAAGUGAUUCAUCAACGUAACUACAAUCAGGCACUAAAAUGCGAAUUUGCCGAGAAUGCGAAGCGCCAGCAGCGUCUGGAUGAGGAGCAGUGUCCGGAACUGCUGAUACCCUUUGGUAAUGUCACCGAGCAAGAGGAGAAUGCGCAACAGCUGGCCAAGUCACAGAAAAUGCGUGAGGAUUACCAGAACGAUCUUGAAGCGAGACGUCUGCGAAAGCUGGCCGACAAGGAGCAGGAGAUAUUCGACGGCAUUGUGGAACGAGAGCAGUACAAGUGCAUGCAGGAAAAGGAAGAGAAGGCUGGCCAGGAGCUGGCGGUGAGAAAGCGUGAGUUCUGCCGUCGUGCCUAUGAGGAUGCCCUCAAGGAGAAGGCAGAGAAUGCCAAAUACUCUGCCAUGUGUGACGAGAUCGAGAAUCGAGUUAACUGCGUUGCUCUCACGAUGAAACGGAAUCUGGGUGGCCGCCAUGGCAAAGAAGCGAAAGAGAUACGUGCGAAGCGGACCCGAGAGCUGGAAGAGCACGGUUUGCGUCUCUGCCGAGAGCAGCAGGCGAAGAAACGGCAGAUGCAAGAAUUGCAGGAUACAAUCGAAGAAAGAUUCGCUGCUGAAGUGGAGGUCGAUGAGGCUCGACGCCAAUGUGCGAUCAAGAAUCUGUCGGAAGAGCGUCGUGCCUACGAACUGAAGGAUCGUAAAAGAAUUGAGGAACGACGUCAGCGCGAAGCGGAGAUUCGACGCUUUGAGAUUGCCAAGCGGUAUAGGAACGAAGAGGCCAACGACAAUUUCAAAGAACAUGCCAAGAGAGCACAGGUUAAAGUAACUGACGAACUACGAAAUAUCCUGUACGGCCAACGGCAGCAGUUCAUCGAUCAGCGUCAAGAGGAGCUAAUGAGAAUGACGGCUUGUGACGAGGAUCCUUAUUUAAUGGAUGAUGUCGAGUUCUUUGACGGUGCUGUUAAAAUGAUGCAGGAGUCACAGAAACUUGGACGACCACUGUACCCACUUGCCAAAGCGGCCGAGAAGUAUCGACGCGAAAACCAGCUGGAUAUGAUGCCAGAGGGGCAAAUGGUGCACAGGAGCCGGAGACGGGAUAAAUGCUGGCCAGGAUACUUCUCCAAGGCCGCCUUGGCCUAUCGAAAGUACGAGCAUCGGGAGAAUUGCCGCCAAAAGCAGGAGAAGGAACGCCAUAAAUUAUUUGACAAUUGCAUCAAGAUCACCAAAAUGGCAGCCGAGGAACGACCAUAUAAGAGAUGCACCAUACAGUGUCCGCUUGACUGCAUCAAACAUCGUGGACUGCCUGCCAAUGAAAGCAUUGAAUCCUUUGACCCACCAGGAUUCGUCUGCAACGAGCUGGAGCCGCCAACCGUGCCGUGUUCACAAGUAGCGCAACCAAAGCCACCAUGCAAGCAAUGUGAAGGAAACACUCCUCAUUGCCUUUGUCCAAGUAUUAUGGAAGUUAUGCAGCCAGGCGAGCAGUAUCAAUCAAGUGAGCCCUGUUCAAGUUUAAGAAGCGUUAAGCCGAAAACAGCCGUAGAUAGUAAAUCAUUCGUGAAGGAUUUGACGACGGUGCCCAAGACAGAAUCAAACCAAUACUUAGCCAAUUCCAAAAGAGUUUCGGGUGGAAAACAAUCCGCAGCAGCUUUCACUGCUCAAAAGCGGAUCGCUAGAAAUACUGACUUAACUCAAUAUUGGACUUCAAAACCUCAGCCACAAUGCAAAGCUAUGGGAGAUCAGUCAAAUUAUCCGAAUAUCAGUUCAAUCAAAAUUCCGAAGUCAACCGAGUGUAAAAUCCGUUCAAUAGGAAUUUCGAAGUCAAUUAAUCGAAAAAUCUCAAGCAUCUUCUGAUUUAAGUUCAAAGUUUGCGUUUCUAAUGUACAUUUAUCUCUAUCCUCAGCUAUCAGUAAAUAUGAAAUCGACCUUUAA